GGACAUCACUGGGUGUUUGCAGCAGUUCUGUGUACAGUAUUGCGCUGUCUGGGGAUACCAACUCGGAUUGUCACAAAUUACAACUCAGCUCAUAACACAGAAGAGAGUCUCAGGAAGGAUUUGUAUUACAAUGACAAUGGGGCACGGAUUCACAGGUCCAGGAAUGACAGCAUAUGGCACUUCCAUGUAUGGAAUGAGUGCUGGAUGGAAAGAAAUGAUCUCUAUAAGGGGUUUGGUGGCUGGCAGGUCCUAGAUGCCACUGCACAGUUGAAAUACAAUGGAGCCCUUUAUUGUAAUGGACCAGCUCCGGUGAGAGCGAUCAAGGAAGGCAUUGUGGACUUAAAUUAUGAUACAAACCUCAUCUAUUCCAAGGUGGUCACAGAGACUGUGAAUUGGGUACGAAAUACAGAUGGAUUUUUCAAGAAGGUUUUCAGCAGCACAAGACAAGUG